GACAGCCUAAAUCACCAUCCUUGACUACUCUGCAUACACCCAGAUGAACUCAGGCUAUCCUUGACCACAAUGCUAAUGACACUUUCUACAAGAUCCUAUUUGAAAACACUUGUUACUUGGGCAAUUUGACAGGAAAAAAACACACCCCUUUUCAAUUGCUGGCAUGGAUGGAGCUUAAGCUCUGGCUCCUUUCAAAUGAUUUGCAUUUUGAAAAUGACAAUUUUUCAUAGUGAAAUCUUUCAUCCAUUCAUCCAUGAACAACACUGACAGGAAAACACCACUUUGUUAAAAAGACUCRUGAAUUGUUUAGUUUUAAGUGCACAUCUUCUUCUUAAAAGAAAUUCAGUAAACAGAGAAGCAUAUUAUUUACCGAUACAGAGUUAUUGCCCGUCGAAUACAAGAUGACAUUUGUCAAAAAAACCUGUUUGUAAGAACAAGUGACGUCAUAAAGUGCUUUAAUGAUUAAAGAUUUUUGUACUUUUAUACUGACAGUCGCUUAGYGUAACUCUGCGUAAUCGUUAAAACGAGUAAUAUAUGAUGCAUUAAACAUACUAGUUCAAGUAACRUUACGAUUAAGCCUUACCUAGACAAAACAUCCUCACUCAGCACGUGUAAACUCCAUGGAUUUGGAUACCUUUUCCAAUAAGCUGUGCUAACUUGAUCCCAGGCAAAUCUAACAAAGAUUUAAACAUUUAGUCAAUUAAAUCAAAGGUUUAGGUCUCCCAUGCAUUUAAUUCAAUCGUAAUAAUAACUCACUUAAAGACAAAAUUACUGGAGUAAAACUUCAUCACAGAACUCGCCACCCAUWAGCUGCAAGUCACGCAAAAGAGACCUGAGCCAACGAUGCUACAUUGUUAGCGAACUCUCUUACUAGUACUAGUCUUCCAAAAAGCACGGUCAUUUUUCCCACAGAAAACCCAAGAAUAAAUGCGGCCCCUGCAUUUGCAUUUGUGCCAAAAUGGAAAUUAUAUAUUUUCUUAAUAUAAUGUAUUACAAGUGUAAAAGUCAGGAAAAAAGAUAUGUUGUCAUAAAAAGAAGAAGAAAAMGGAAAUAAAUUACUGUGUUMUUUUUUCGGUGCAGCGAAAUCAUGUGAAAAAGGRUAAAAAUUCAUUGGUUCCUAAUUAGCGGAAAAAAGCUUGAUGACAGCGACGUCAGAGUAAAAAUUUUCAUUCUUGAAAGAGCGUUUGUAGUGUGCAUGUGCUGUCUUCUCGCCUCACAAGAGCGCGCGGCCGUGAGUUCUGUUCAACCAAUCAACAGCCGUGUUUAUGUCAGCUCAAAUGAAAUACCAGACCGCCAUUUUGAAGUAGUUGGAGGAGUGUUGAACUAUCAUAAAUGUUCCCUUAAAUGAAGAAAAAACACAGUAAAAUUCAAACAUUGGUGUAGGAUUUAGCUGUAUAAAAUUCAAAGAGUGUGUAUAGAGUUAUUCGGUUUAGUUAUCAAGGAAAGGACAUUUCUUUUGCACAAAAAUGCCUAGCUCGCCACGCAAGAGAGGUAAAGCCAAGACACGAGAAGCUCAAAAACUUGUCGACGGCAACGACUCCGAUGAUAGCUACAACGACAUGCCGCCUUUGGUGAACUCAGACUCGGAUGAUGACACAAGAGAUGACUGGCCCCGACGUCUAAAAGCUAAUAAUAAUAUGGAAAGUGUGGAUAUGUGGCUUGACUUGAGCAAACCUACCAGAGAAAGACACGUCAGGGUUAUGAAAAUCUACCUUUUGUCACCAUUUUUAUUUGACAGUGUUGAACAAGAUGAUAAGUGGAUAAAUUGGGCAAAUGAAUGUAAACUGCUAUCAAACACAAGGAAUUUAGAACCGUCUGAUCAAGUUGAAGAAUGUUUAGAGGCUGUUGAUAUUGUCGAGGAGGCUUUCAAUAAAGCAAUUACAUAUAUGUUAGCCAAAGAAGAUAGCGAAGAAAUUGAGAAAACAUUAGGAAUGAUGGAUAAAAUUAAUACUAUUGACAAACUAGAUAAUGCCAUUCUUUGUGCUGAAAGCUUCACAACAUACUUAAAAGUAAGAGAGAGAAUUAAAACUGCUAACCUCAAAAGAAAAGGCGACAGCAAACGCAAAGCUGAUACCUCUUUACUACUCGUAUUUCAACAAAUUUAUGACCACAUAAAGAAAUUGACUCAAGAAAAUAAAGACCUUACAAAGCAGUUUGAUAACAUGUGCAGACAAGGUGAACAGCAAAGCACAGAUCUCAGGAAAAAAGGCAACAACCACUUUUUAGAAGGAAAAUAUAAAGCAGCAAUAUCAGCAUAUAGUAAAGCAAUCAUUAUGUCACAAUACAAUCAUAUACUUUAUGGAAAUAGAGCACAAAGCUUUUUACGAACUGGUGAAGUUUGGUUGGCUUUAGCUGAUGGUCGUCGCUCUGUGAUACUUAAUCCUGAGUGGGCGAAGGGUCAGUACAGGUACGCCCAAGCAUUUUUUGACCUUGGGGAUAUAGAACGAGCAAUCAGUGCUAACAGAGAAGCCAGACAGUCUUGCAAAAACAAUAGUAAAGAUUUAGAUUCCCAAUAUGAAAAGUUUUUAAGAGAACGAGAUGUGAAAGCUAAAAAGAAUGCAAAAAGUAUGAAAUUCAAAGAUCCUCAAUUAAAAAUGCCAAACGAAUUAGAUGACUUACCAGACCUAGUUGAAGCAGACUCCAGUGACACUAGUGUAGACAGUGCUGAUGAUGAUGAUGAUUAUGGCAUGAUUGAUGACAAUGAUUCUGAUGAUGAUACUGAUAACAGCAACUCUGAUGAUGAGCAAAGUGUUCCUGAGCUUGUAACAGAUUCUUCCAAAGACAGUGACUCGGAUGAUGAUUAUGACCAGAAGAGAAAGCUGAGAGAUGAGAAAUUAAAACAUCAAGGAUUAUCAAAAUCCCAAGCAAACCAUGCUUCACCAAAGGAUUUAAAAAAGAAAAAACGAAAAGACCAGAAAGCGAAGCAGGAUCAAGGGAAAAGAAAGGAGACUGAAAAUGGUAUUUGUGAAGGAUCUCAAAAGAGAAAAGAUUUAAGUGCUACUCUCAAACAGGGAUCUAAAGCUUACUUGGAUGGAAAGUGGCAUGCUUCUAUCCGUUUCUACGAACAAGCUUUGCAAAUGCUUUCUCUUGAUGAUGCUCUACAGGUAUUCAAACUGAAGCGCAUUGACUUUAUACUUAUAUUAUACUCUCAUGGGACUGCCUGCCUUGAAACCAAAGUUCACAAGGAGCUUAUGGAAGCAACUAAGAGGUUUGAAACCAUCAUCAUCCAAUACCAUGAAAUCAAGUUUCCUUUGGCAUAUUAUGGCCUUGGCAGAGUUUUCCAACUACAAAACAGGUUCAAUGAUGCAUUGGAGCCACUAAAUAAAGGCUUAGACAUGGUGAAAACAGGAGGAGAGUUUGGUGAAUAUAGAUGGCCUGGAACACAGUCCAUAAUACAAGAAUCUGAACCAGAAAAACUAGAGUUAGCAUUUAAGACUAUUAUAGCCCUAUGUCAGCACCCACCUCGUCCUGAUGCUAUAUGUAGAUUUAUAGACUGUCAAGGAAGAAGUGCCAUUUAUCUCACCGACCCAGAUUACAAGGGGUAUGUAAGGUUGAUAUGUGAUGAGUCCUGUAAAAUUGAAUACCAUCCAACCUGUUGGAAAAAGUACCGAAGUACAUAUUCUGAGAAGAACGGAGACAAGGACUUUCUUGAAGAGGAAUGCCUUACCCCUGACUGUCAAGCCCCAUUAGUACAGAUUCAAAUCUAUGGAGACCAAGGACUUAAAACAGAGUUUGUUGCUGACACCAGUGGAAAGCAAAAGCAACUCAAACAAGGCAAAGUUAAAACACAUGGCAAUCAGAAGUGUCCCAAGUCUGAAAAGAAGAAGAAAGAAGAGCAUAAAACUGAGCAACAACAAGCUCAAGAAGUUGAGGAUAGUGAGUCAAAGAAGUUUGAGGAAACUCCAAGUAGCAAAAAUCACAGAACAAGCAUCACAAAAGCAGAUGAACCAGAAGAACCUGAAGUGGCUAAGCCAGAAAAAGUGAAGCCAUCACCUGAAGUCAAGGUUCACCCUGACACUAGAGAUGCUAAAAAGGGUGAUCCAGGGGUUUAUAUUUUAAGAAAGAAUGAAGAAAAGUUACCAGAUGAUCUGUUGGCUUUCAAAGGAGCAAAAAGCAAAAGCAAGAAAAAGAAAGUAAAGCAAAAUGUGCAAAGUUUGGAUGAAUUUUUAAAAGAUCAUGGAGGGGAGGUUAAAUUUAAACCUCCCUUUGGAGCUGCUGAAGAAGAGGAAGAAAAGCCUACGAUGCCCACCCAAAUCCCACCAUCUCAGUGGAGUGAGCAUGAGCUUGUCCCUCCUUUUGCCGUCCCAGCACAUCUUAAAUCAGAUGUACAAGCUUUUGAAAGACAGUUCCAUGCAGGUAUUGACUCUGGUUAUCAACAACCCACACUCACAGAUUUGACUCCAUCAAUGGAAGAAAACUGUGAGGACCCAGUGGAAGACUACAUUGUUUCGUUGGUUAGUGAAACACUAAAUGCACAUGGACCUAUGGAUGUGGCUGAUGCUCGUAUUAUUGAACCUAUUAGCUUCCUACCUGACUCUCACCAGCAAAAGAUAAAUGAGUGUGGUGGAAUCAAACAUUUCUUAAUGAAAUCUGAACAAUUUGUUGUGCAGGGAAAUACUGUUAUGCUUCCAGAUGAUCUCCACUUUCAAGAAAUGGUUAAUAAAUUCAACCAGUAUGAUAAAGGUGGACAAUUUGAUUUUAACAAAGAUAAUUCUAAAACAACUGAUUUUCAUUUUCCAAGUUUCAAUGACUCACCACCUGGAUUUGCUGCUCAUAAUGAACACAUACCUUGUCCACCAGCACCACCACCUUUGCGUAUACCCACUAUUGAACCUAUUGCACCUUCAUCAAAACAAACCAUCACUUCCAAAUCAAACCCUGAAAAUGGGCAUGUGAAAACUCUAGAAGAGACUAUGGCUAAGCCUAUUUUAGUGGAAUCUAAUGAAUCAAAGUGUAACACAUUUAACGGAGAGGAAACAGUGAACAAUGAACAACAAAAAUUUGCAGAAUCUACAGAAACUGUUGGCAUUCCGUCAAGUAUUUCCAACCUUAUUGCUGAUGUCAAAUUAGACAAGACUGUGAGCAAUGGUAGUUUGAUAAAACAACAAGAGAAGUCACCCAAAAAUGAACCUUGUGAAAACGAUGCAGGUGAAUUUUCUGCACAGCAUGUAAGUGAAGAAAAACUUAAAGGUGAACUUAAAGAGUUUCAUGAAAAGUUCAAGCUUGCUACUGGAGAGGCAAACUAUGUUGUGACCAAAAAUGGACAUAAUUUUGAUAGCACACCACUGUUGAAUACACCUCCAAAGCACACCCGUGCUGGCAGCAGUGGUUCCGACAGUACAAUAUGCGUAAAAAGUAAGGGAAUUCAAACUCAAAUGCAGGUGAAGGCCAAAGGCAUCAAUACAGACACAUUGCCUGAACCUUAUAAACUGGAAUAUACAAAGGCCUCACAGGAAAGAGAUGAAUUGCAGAGAAAACUGCAAGAUGCAAAUGAAAAACUCAAUAAUUUCCAAAAAAGACAUGAGCAAGAACUUGAGAAAAUAAAGAAAAAAUUUGUGGACAUUCAAAGUGAAAAAGAGAAAUUAUACAAAGAUCUGCAGUCUGCCAAACAGGAGGGAAAGAAUGAGCUUCAGAAAUUGGACAAAAUGUGUGAAGAAAAACAAAAGCUUGCAUCCUCACUGGAGCAGAGAUUUAAGGUGGAGCAAGAUAGAUAUCACAGUACCAUAGCUGGUUUGAGAACAGAACUAGAAGCUAAGGAAGCUGAACUUCAAACAGAGAAGUCAAAGCUGAAUUCGACCAUUUCACAAAAGGAUGAAGCUCUGAGAAAAGCUGUUGUUGCUAACAAACAACAAGAGUCACGUGCACAAGAUGCUGAAGUGAAACUUCUGGAGUUAAGACGUGAUGUUGGAUUAAAGUUUUUAGAAAGGUCCAUUCAAGAGGCUACUUACACGGCUAAUAACCUUAUAAAUGUUAGGAAAGCCAGUGUUGGAUCUUCUCAAAAAAUGGAUGAUCUCAUUGGUUCCUGGAAAAUGUACUUUCAUGACUGCCAACAAAAAGCAACAAAAUGCAGGGAAACAUUCAAUGCACAAAUUCAAGAAGUUGGUGGUGGGCGUGUGUUGUCAUCUCUUCCUCAGUUAGCCAUCCCAGGCCCUGCUUCUUACCCUGGGCAACCCAUAUUGCAACUGAAUGCACCAUUGGUAUCUCAUAUCCAGUCCUCUUUCCAACUCACUCCGGCUGACCGGACUAUACCCAGUCAAGUGUAUCCCCAUGCAGCAGUUGCUAUACAACAACCUCGUCCAAUUGUCCCUAAUUCUGUGCCUGUUGCUGCUGCUGUACCUCCACAAGCUGCUGUCCCUCCUCCAAGGAUACCUCUGCCUCAAAAAACACCUGUCCCACCUACUUCAACACCACCGAUGAUACCUCACCAAGCGCAGCAAAGUUUAGUGGCUGAGGGUGGUGCUGUGGCUGCGGCGGCAAAACCUGAUGCAGACAGUAAGGGACGCUCAACUAGCUUCGAGAGAAUCAUGUUAAGAUUGUCUACAGCGUACCCUUACCUUGCAAGGGCGGAUUUGACUUCGCUGAUUUCAGAGGUUCGUAAAAGCAGGCCUGAUGGAAAGCUAACGGGUCUUGCACUGGAAGAAAUAGUGCAAUGUGUUGAUUUGCUUGUUAAAGCUAAAGUAAAGGAUGGUCUUAUUCGCUUACCUCCUAAUCAACAAGCUUCAGCAAAUGUCCGUAGCAACUCUUCUCAACCAAUAAGCAACCCGCAACCCACACCACCAGUAGUCAGUAAUGGUGCUGUAAGUGUGCCCCCGGCUCAAAUGACGUCAACAGAUCUGUCAAGCUCGCAAUCCAGCUUAACAUUUUCAGAAGACGACGAUCCUUGUGUUAUUUGCCACGAUGACAUGAAAUCACCAUUAGACACAGUCACUUUAGAAUGUGGUCAUAAAUAUCAUGAAAAGUGUAUCAGGAAAUGGCUUCUGGGAGAACAGAGUACAUGCCCCACGUGUCGGGUACACGCCCUGUUGCCGGACGAGUUUCCACGUUUAAAGUAACACAGAUAGCUUGAGUUCCCUAACUGUUUUGUAAUAAGCAUUGUAUAUUUAUGGUAACGAUACACAGCAUGUAAGACAGGGAGAUUCUAAAGUCUUGCUGUUAACCUUCGAUUUAGGAAAGUAUUACGGAUAGCCCACUAAGACGAACAAAUAAAUCAUUGAGAACUACCACUAAUGUAGAAUCUCACUAUUUUUUGCACUAUUCUGUUUGGUGGUUUUAUUUUAUUGCGAUGUUAGUUAUGCCUGCGCAUUGGUGAGGGAGGACAUUUAAACCCGUGAAACAAAAUCUAUUUGUCAAUAAAGUUCACUAGAAUAAUGAUUAAGUGAUUGUAAAGAUGCUCCGAACGGCUUUUGUUUAUUUCCUAGUAUUUCUUUUUUGUUGUUGUUUUUUCGUUAUUUUUUUGUUUUUUGCUCUGUUGUUUUUACCACCAUGUUUUGAUUAGUUUUCGCGAGAGAAAUGAUCUUUCGAUCGAUCGAGUGAUUUUCACCGGACUGUGCAACCAAAACAGUCAAGCUUUUCUUCUUUGAUAGUCCAAUGUCAACAAAAGAAAACAAUACAGUUUGAUAAGAACUUUUAGAUAACAUCUAUCAGAUAACAUCUAUUAACUUAGAUUAAAUCAAUUAUCGACGAUGUCACAGUCUGGUGCAAAAGACUUAAACAAUGGGGAAAAAACACGCUUUUCAAUGUUGUUUUACAAACUUUUCGAACUGGUGAAAUGCACCUGAUUAAUGGGUUUUUUAAUUGAUUUCUUGUGGACUAUCUUACCUUGGCUUUAGAUUUUCUUUGAAGUUUCUCCCCUCACUCUGGUGAUUUUAAAAUGUAGAAAUGUGUCGGGGUUUUUUCAGAUGUUUAUGCAUGAUUCAAACCGUUUAUGCAUGAUUCAAACCAGAAGUACAUAACCAUUGUUAUGUACUUCUGUUCAAAAUCAUGGAACUUAAUAGUUAUAAGUAAUAAUAAUAAGAUAUUAUUUUAAUACAUUAAAGUUUUUUAAUAAGUA